AUGGCAGCCCUCUACCACUACACAGCCUUGGAUCAUAAUGGAAUGAUCCGAAUUCUCACACUUUCUCCUGCCUUCUGUAAUGAACAUGACAUCAAUAUCAAGUUAACUUCGGCGAGCCUAGAUACCUGCGCAUUUGAGGCGCUAUCAUAUACAUGGGCAACCGAAGAUGGUGAUGCGACACUUUCACACUCGAUUUACUGCGAGGGAGCUGUCAUUAAGGUUUCCAAGAACUGCAAAAAUGCAUUACAAAAACUACGAUCAAAGAACAAAGAAAGAGAAUUGUGGAUUGAUGCCGUCUGUAUCGACCAGAGCAACCAUGAAGAACGAGGCAGACAGGUAGCUAUGAUGGAUCUGAUCUACCUAAGGGCGAAGAGAGUCGUCAUCUGGCUCGGGGAUGCAUCCAAGGUUCGAGACUCAAAGAGUGGACAUCCCAUUUCUGAUAUCUUUAUGUCAUAUCUUCGGUCUAUGGUACCUGAUAUACGAAAGUCAGAGGCACUCAGCGACAAACCAGCGCCAUUACACCUUUAUAGCAACCUGACACGACAGGCAGCCGAGUAUGUAACCAGUGGAUACAUGACCACACUUGUCAGAGGAUUUUUAGAUGUUGUCCUACGGCCAUGGUGGGAGCGGGUAUGGGUUGUUCAAGAGGCAGCUUUAAACAUGUCAACAACUGUCAUUUGUGGGGAGCAAGAAGUUGACUACAAAGAUUUUUAUGACUUUUUCUCCCAUGUGUACGGAGACAUCAGCCAUGACGGAGGGUUAACAUUUACCUUGCUCGAAGGAUUCAAGCAUCAGAUGUACUCGGUGUACCUGGUGAGGGAAAGGGUUCAUGACCUUGGUCCCGCGACAGUUCUGUACGAUGUCCUUGCUCGUAGCCGUCGACUCCGCGCUACUGAUAAACGGGAUCACAUCUUUGCUUUACACAAUAUCAUCGGAGAUCUCAAAAAUCAGCUUCCACCACCGGACUAUAAAGCUAGUGAGGACUUUCCUUCGUGGGUUACAAACUGGUCACAAAGGCCGCAACUCCACAUUCCUCCUAGCGAUGGGCUAUACAAUGCCUCCAAGGGCUUUUCAGCUUGCUAUAGCGUAUUGAGUGACAGAAAAAGACUUACGGCUCAUGGGAUAUUUGUAGACAUACUGCAAGAUAUACCAAAGGCCGAUGCAUCUUCUUACCAAUAUCCAUAUGUCCCGUACAAGGGUAUACUGGGGUAUCAGAAGUCCUGCAGCACUGGGUUAUCGCUAAAGAGAUAUCCCACUGGCGAAGACGUUCGAGACGUCCUCUGGAGAACAUUAUGCUGGAACGUCGACUCGCACUGCCAUUACCCAGCUGAGGCUAGACUCGCGCAAAGUUUCGACAAGUUUCAUGAAGCUCUGUUCUCUGGAAAUAGCAUGGAACAGAUAGAAAGGGAUCUGCUGGAGAAGGCUACCGCAUUCAACGACAUAUGCGUGCACUCCAUGCCGAUAGGGAUAACGUCACGGGGUUAUCUGGCUUCAGUUCCAUGGACCUCGGAGCCCGGAGAUGUGAUCGCCAUUCUUGCUGGAGAUGGGCGUGGCAAUGAUUCUCUCAUGGUUACGCGUAGGCGCAGAUUCAGUGGUGAUGAUCCAGACAAGACGCGACUGAGCACCCAAAGGAGCCAUGCAGACGAAGGGCAGGACCAUUACGACCACUCCCGAGAAGCAGCUCCGACUGAAAUCCACCUGUCGCAAGGUCGAGGCUCUAGCCGAAACGGCUCUGGGGAAGACGUCGGCAUCACUGGUCUCGCCAAUCUUCUUCGGCGGGUACGGGUGCCUGGGAAGAAAGAGGAAAAGAUGAUUGACGUUGUCGUCAUCGGCGGUCAUGCCCGGGAUGAAACCUACGUGUCUGGGGACAACCCGAAACUGAUGAAAAUUGGUGAUCUCAAAUAUGAAAUGUAG